CAUGCGUAGUGCGUCAUCUGCUCAUUAGACGAUCUUCGGACGGAAAGUGGAAAGUUCUAUGUUGUGCGCACGCGCUCCCCGGGAUUAAUAUCAAGGCACAAAAGUGGCGCUACACCGCUCCGAGCUGUACUCCGGUGGCUGCCUGAGCGAUGGACGGGGAGUCAGAACCAAACCCUGUCGUAGCAGAAGAGCCAGGGGAGCAGGUGGAACCCAUGGAUGCCACUCCCUCCCCCCAGCAGCAGACCACGCCCCCCUCAGAGGAGGCCGGGGAGGCAGUUUCCAUGGAAACAGAAGAUGGAGCCACAAAGGAGGGUGGCACAGAGGACACUGAUGAUGAUGUGGUUCUCGUUGGAGAGGAGGCACCCCAGCCUUCUGCCACAACACUUUCCCAAGACACACCCAACACAGACUGCCUCGAGCCAGCUGCUAGCGGGACAACUGUAGACAUGUCCACAGCAGCAAUGCCUUCAAAGACCAUUAGUUCUCCUGCGUCUUCCAGCUCAUCUAUGGUGGCAGCACCGCCUAAACCUCCAACCACAGCAGUGGAGCCUAUUGUCAUUGAUGACGAGGAGGACUCUGAACAGAAAGACGCUUCCCCCUCCUCACCAGCUCACCCUGGAGGCUCCUCCACCCCCCACUCGCCAGGUGUACUCAGCAGCACUGAGCCUGAUUCAGAGAUCAGGAUCGCCAGUGUCACCACACUGGGCUCCAGUGGCCAGAAAGAAUGCUCCACUGUUUCUGCAUCAAAUACUCCACCACAUCCAGCAGACAUCCAGGCAGACAUGAACCUGAUGAUAACCUCUGUGACAUCACUGCAUGGUGGUGCGCCAUCUGAAACAGGGGCAGGUGAAGGCCAGGCAGAGGAAAACGGUCUGCAGAUCAGCAGUGCAUUCAGCCUGAAUCCUGACACCCCACCUGGUCGACCAACUGCCUCCUUCAACCCUGGGCGGGGCUCAGGCCCCAUGGGCCAGCUGGUGCAGAAUGGAGACACAGGGACUCACAACAGAGCAGACUCGUGGAUCUCCCAAUCAGCUUCAGUCCCUCGCAACCAAAAACAGACAGGGGUCGACUCUCCGUCACCCGCCACUUCCCUGCCCAAACCUCCUGGCCAGUCUUCCUCAUCUACUUCCUCCUCAGGCUCCCAGCCACAACCCAGGACAGUCAAGGUGACCUGUGCUAACUGUAAAAAGCCACUGAAGAAAGGACAAACAGCGUACCAGCGUAAGGGCUCCACACACCUGUUCUGCUCCACCACCUGUCUGUCUGCCUUCUCGCACAAACCCGCCCCCAAGAAGAGCUGCACCAUGUGCAAAAAGGACAUCACAAAUAUGAAGGGUACCAUUGUGGCCCAGGUUGACUCCAGUGAGUCUUUCCAGGAGUUCUGCAGCACCGGCUGCCUGGGUGCAUACGAAAACAAGCAAAACCCGCCCAAGUCGGGUCUCAAAACCAAAUGUACUGUCUGCGGCAAGCUCACAGAGAUCCGGCACGAGGUUAGCUUUAAGACUGUGACCCAUAAGAUCUGCAGCGAUACAUGUUUCAACGUUUACCGCAGGGCCAACGGCUUGAUCAUGAACUGCUGUGAGCAGUGUGGCGACUACCUGCCCAGCCGAGCGACAGCCAACCACUUCCUGCUGGUCGAUGGCCAACAAAAACGCUUCUGCUGCCAGAACUGCAUCAGGGAGUACAAACAGGCACACAGUAAACUUGCAAGCUGCCUGACUUGCAAAACACUGAUCAAAACAGGCGAGGUUCUCCACAGCCUCGGAGCGGGUGGCACCAUGGGCUCCUACUGCUCCGUCACCUGCAUGAAUAAGGGCAAACUCACGACAACUUCCUUCCUCAACACAGAGCCCACGUGUCACUUCUGUAAGAGGAAUUCAUUACCACAGUACCAGGCCACGCUGCCAGAGGGAAACAUCCUCAACUUCUGCAGCUCACAGUGCGUUACCAAGUUCCAGAAUGCUACUCUUCAAACAGCCACCAAUGGUCAGACACCUGUCUCCACAACUAACAACACAGUCCAGCUGAAAUGCAACUACUGUCGCGGAACAUUCAGCUUGAAGCCCGAAACUCUGGAGUGGGAGGAUAAGGUCUACCAGUUCUGUAGUAAGGCAUGCUGUGAGGACUACAAGAAGCUCCACUGCAUUGUGACGUUCUGUGAGUACUGCCAAGAGGAGAAGACGCUACAUGAGACUGUUAAGUUCUCGGGGGUCAAGAGACCUUUCUGCAGCGAAGGCUGUAAGCUGUUAUAUAAGCAGGAUUUUAUCAGGCGAUUGGGUCUGAAGUGUGUAAGCUGCAACCACUGCAACCAGCUGUGUAAGAGAGCCGUGACCCGGCAGCUUGGCGGCAUGACACGGGACUUCUGUGGCGAGACCUGUGCCAAAAAGUUUAACGACUGGUAUUUCAAGGCAGCAAGGUGUGACUGCUGUAAGGUGCAAGGUAACCUGACAGAGUCUGUGAUGUGGAGAGCUGAGAUGAAGCAUUUCUGUGAUCAGGAGUGUCUGUUGAAGUUCUACUGCCAGCAGAAUGAGCCCAUCAUGGUCACACAGAAAGGCCCUGAGAACACCACCCUAGGGUUUGAAAUGCAGGGCGCCAAACUAGGGUUGGUGAACCAGGGUACUGUGGCAUAUGCAGGUGGAGGUUUAAUGAGAGAUGUCAAGAACAAGGCAGUGCUCUGCAAGCCGCUCACCCUGACCAAGGCGACAUACUGCAAGCCACACAUGCAGAGCAAACAUUUACAGACAGAUGUAGACGAUGGUGUGAAGAGGGAGUAUAUCCCUGUACCCAUACCGGUGCCCGUUUUCAUCCCCGUGCCAAUGAAUAUGUAUUCCCAGGUCACUCCUUCUCCAGUUUCUCUUCCUGUACCGGUCCCUGUGCCUGUGUUUCUGCCCACCACCCUGCAGGGGGCGGAGCAGAUCAUCCAGAGCAUCAGUGAGCUAAAAAACAAAGUGCCCUCUGACCCACUAGAGGCCGACCUGCUCUCCAUGGCUGAGAUGAUUGCAGAGGAGCAGAAGCCAGAGGUAAAGCCGGUGAAGGUGAAGAAGGAGUGUAAAGGGGAGGAGUCCUCCAGCAGCAGCUCUGAGGAGGGGGAGAAGGAGGAAGAGGAGGAGGAGGAUGACAAGUAUGAGCCCGACCUGGACCUAGAGGCAGACUUCCCUCAAGCCUCGGAACCUGUUCCUGCCCUGGAGGGAAUGGAUGAAGACAUGGGCUUCUCUCUACCUCCAGUCCUGACAGAGGAGAAGGAGGAGCCAGCGGAGUCAACACCUCGACCACAGCCCAGGAAACAAGGAAACAAGAGGCUGGCAGUCGAGGAGAGCUCCGAACCAGUCUCGUCCUCCUCUUCACAUCCAACAGGCAAACAGUCAGAAGGUCGAUCGCUGCCUCUCAAAGCCCACUAUGGUAUCCAUGCCUGGAAACGAUGGGCACUGUCUUCUUCUGACCAGUCAGAUGACACCAAAGGAAAGGACAGAUCCAAACAAGCUCCUGCAGCCCGGACUAAAAGUAACCUGCUGUCGCUGAGUUCAGAGGAGCUGAACAUGGCUCUGUCCCGGUUUGUCAGGGAGGUCUGCAGGCCAAGCGGGGAGCGCUACUCUCCAGACAGCAUCCUCUACCUCUGUCUGGGCAUCCAGCAGCAUCUCCACGCCAGAGGCCGCAAGGAUGACCUGUUUAGUGACCCAUGCUACCAGCAGUUUGGAGAGGAGCUUAACAAGGUCCUGAAGGACUGGCAACCCAGUGUGCUUCCUGAUGGCUCGCUGUGGGGUCGGGUGGAGGAGCAGAGCCUGUGGAGCAGCCGGCAGCUCGGGGAGCAGAGUCCCACCGCUCUGCUGCGCUCUCUGGUUUACCUAAACACCAAAUACUUCGGCCUGCGCACCGUGGAGCAGCACCUCCGCCUCUCCUUCGCCAACGUCUAUGGCCCUGACACCGUCCAUCCUGUCACCAAGGAGACCAGCGUCUGCAUCCGCGUGCCUUCCAUUUCUCAGGAUCACCAUGUGCAAACAGAGUCGAGGAAGAGGAAGCGUAAGUCGGAGGACGGAGAUCAGGACUAUGAAUCAGACAAUGACUCAGGAGGCUCCACUGUACGCUGCCCGGUUAAGAAGCACGAGUGUGACCUAUAUGACCUCUACAGAUCUAAGUGCCCAGCGUUGUUACGGGAGCGCCUCGAUGUCUUCUACGUUCAGCCGGAUCCAGCGUGCAGUCCAGAUGACCCGCUGUGGUUCAGCUCCACACCGCUGGAGCGACGGAUCCUGGAGAGCCUCCUCACCAGAGUCCUCCUGGUCAGGGACAUUUACACAGACAGACAGCACCUGGAGGACGACGGGGAGGAAGAGGACAGGGGUGACGCAGCUGGGGGAGAGUAGCAGCUGCUCCGACACUCAGCUGAGGAUAGCUAGUGUGUGCUCGCCUCCCCUGUCUUAUUGUCUUGUCCUCCUUCACCUCCUCGCUGACUUGCUGUGUCCUCCUGGUGAGGGGCGUCCAGAACAGGGAACUUGAGAUGAUAACGAGGAGUGGCAAAGAGCAGCCCGAACUUGUACUCUGGCAGAAGAGGAAAUAAUUUCCCCUCCAGUCAUAAAGAGGGGGAUGGGCACAGAUGUGUCCUGGUGUGUGAUGAGGACAUGUUCAGAUUAAAAGGACGAUGAGUAAGAGAUGGAGGUGGUGGAGCUGUUAUUUGUCAUCUUUGGUCAAACAAAGUUAAAUCAGGUAGAAAACAAAGUGUAUUAACAGUUAUCAUGAUAUUUUGAAAAAAGAUUUUCGUUGUCAACCAUUCUGAGGGCUUAGUGUGUUUAUAAAAGCAGCUUAAUUAAAUAUUUAAACUUAAAACAGCACUGUACCAUGUUCAGCAAAGGUCAUCAGCAGCCACCAGCAGGCUACAAGGAGGAGCUACAGACACAGGUGAAGGGACAGGAUGUGAUGACGGUCGCUCUGUGGAUUGGACGGAGGGAAUGGCGUGCUCAUUGUGAAGAGUUUCUUCCUUUUAAAAAGAAUGCAGGCCGGAGUUCUGGAUGAAACCAGAACCACUACUUGGAGGGAGGGGAUGCUAUUCCUGUACAGUUGGAAGUUGGAAAUUCCCAGCUAGAAGAUUGAAAUUCCAUCUUGGACAUAAUUUAUAAUAAUAACUUGGUAAUGGUGGCAAUUUAUAUUCCACAUAACUGUUUUAAAGGAUAAUGACUAUCUUCUACUUAUGGUCGGUGGAAAGCUUCACAUCUCUAACAAUGUACUUGUCCAGUGCUGCUCCACUGAUGGGCUGUGAACAGUUGACACAAAAGUGACAUUUUCUCUGUUUAGCAAAUAUUUACUUUAGUAAAUUUUGCAGGUCAGCGUUCACAUGACUGGGGAUGAUGUGUACAUUAGAUUAACACAGGGCUAAACUACCACCAACAGUGUCACUUUUGAGACACAAGUGAUUUGCUGUUAAUAUUUAUUGAUCAUCAGAGACAUUACAUUACGCCCCUUUUCAGCAGGCUUGUGUAGGCCAAGUUCAUAGAACAGAACUGCAUAUUUAUGCAGGGAAUACUUUGAUGUCACUAAAUUUGGCGGACCGAUUAUGGGAUUGCCAUGCACAGACCGCCCCCCCCCCACAGACAAAAUUCAGAAUUUAUCUUUCUCUAGCUUCCCACAUGUUACAGUGCUGAUGGUACAGUUAUAACAUUUUUUGUCACAACUUUUGGUAAACUGUGUGUGUUAAACUUAGUCUAAAGUGAAUUUUGAUGCCCAUUAGCCCUACAUAGCUUCACUUUCAAAGUACUAGCUGUGUCAAAGUGCGUAAUGAAAAAACCUCCAGUUGGGAGUUUCCAACAUCUCUUGAACGCAGCAUAAGACCAGCAGUCUCUUCCUCUCAGCUGUAUGACACAUCUCCAUUAACUGGGCUGCUUUCAUUCCAUCUUAUCAUCCUGCUCACUGCUCUUCCUCUGUCAGUACUGCUCUCAGGCAAAACCGCUGCACCACAGAGGACUUCAGCUCAGAGCAGCAGGAGUCGGGACUGACUAAACGUUGUCAUCUCUCGUCAGACGGACCUGACUGUCUUUUGGUGUGGGGUAAAGGCAACCUACCAACAUGCUGCAUUUCUUUAGGGGGUGCUGGGAGAUCAUUCAUGCGAUGUAGCAUUACAUGCAUACUAAGCCCAGAUUGGGUUGCUUUGAAGUGUAAAUAUCUCUGAAACAAGGCGGUCAUUUGAGAUGGAGUCGGCACAGAGGGACACUGUUUGGGGGGGAAGAAAAAAAAACCUCCAACCGAAACCUUCAGCUUGAAAACCCGCCUCCCAAAAAGCCUUUUUAAAAAGACUGAUUAUUUAUUUCUCUUUUUAUUAGUUUGCGUGUGUUUACGUUGGGGUUGGGUUUUUCUGGGUGCCAUUUCCAUCUCAACCGUCAUUCUUUGAAAACCUGCUGCAGUCCCCCCACCCACCCCUGCCUCUCUGGUCCAUGAAAGGGUAUCCUCCAGGAUCCUGUUUAACAUGAAGGACACAGAUUGUUCAGAACUCAAGACAAUUUUGGAAUGUUUCCUUCCUGCUUUUGUCCUUGUGUUCGUAUUAUCCUGGUGUUUCUCAGUUACUUUUGAACUUAAUAUUGAUUUAGAUUGAAAACUGAGGACUUGUUAAUACUGUAUGUGCCCUACUCUUCCCAGCUGUUUUAGAGUGCUAGCAAGAUUGUGGUUAAGAAUUGGGACUGAUUUGUUUCCUUUUUUCACAAACUUAAAGCAUUUAUUUUUCCAGGCUACACAGUCCAUUAAUUUCUUUUUCUUUCUUUUUUUUUUUUUUUUAAUGAAUACGGUUAAAUUCCCCCCCCCCCCUUUUUUUUUUUUUUUUACCUUUUGAGUUUCAUUUGAAUUUAUUUUCUGAUUGUCUAAAUAAAUGGGAGAAAGUGUCUUCAAGUUAAAAUCAAGUGAAGAUUUUUGAUUUUUUUUUUUUUUUCUACUUUGUCCUUGAUCAUUUUCUCUUGAUAGAGACAAUACUAUGAGAUGUAAAGCUGGCUAAAACUGACACCAAACAACCAGAUCUUAGAAUAUAAGGAACACCCUCCAGAUGUAGGGUUUGACCCACCAGAAACAUAAUGUCUCAGCAUGGUCCAUGUCACUGCUCCUGGGUGAAGUGGAUUCACCUGGCCAUCAUGGUCAGGUGAAUCCACAGAUCUACAGAGCAGGUGUUUCUAUUAUUUUGUACACUUGACUGCAUUUGUUGGUCUAGAACUGAAGUAUAACAUUUCAGGAACAAAGUGGAUUUAGAGGGAGGACAGGUCUGGAUUUCUGACACCAGAUCUGUCCCCUUUUAAAUUUGACUGUGGAACUUCAACCUGACACAGGAAGAGAGGACCCUGGUGACCCUGGCUGAUUCUCCUGCUGGACUCCGAGGCAGUGACCAAACCUGCCACGGGUUUGGACCUACAGUAGUCGCUGUGGCUGGCUUUAAUGCCUAAUGUGAAUGUGCCUAUCUGUAUAUACUGAAAGUGAGUGAUUGUGACUUGAGUCUGAUGCUAUGUGUGUGGGCUGAUCUGCUGAUACGGUCAUGUUAAAUAAAUGGUUUCAUUUUCUAA